UGGGAGAAUCACUUGAACCCAGGAGGCAGAGGUUGGAGUGAGCCGAGAUUGCACCAUUACACUCCAGCCUGAGUGACAGAGCAAGACUGUCUCAAAAACACAAAACAAAAAACCGGAUGUUUCUACAUGAUUAGAUUCAGAUUGUAAUUGACUAUUUUUGUGGCUAAUAAUAUCAGAGUGGUGAUGUUGUGUCCUUGAUGUCAUGUGAUCCUUGUAUGUGAUCCUUGAUGUCAUUUUAUCCUUGACAUCCUUGAUGUCAAUUUAUCCUAUUAUAGUUGAUCUUAAUUUUAUUUACUUGUUAAGGUGCUCUCUGUCAGAUUUUUGCACUAUGGAGUGAUUUUUCUCAUUAUUAUUUAGUACCUUGGGGAGAUUUACUGACUGAUAUAAAGAAGCCAUCACGUUUAAUUGGGAAGCUCUUCCUUCUCUUUAGAUUCUCCUUGCUUAUAGCUUGCUUUGGAAAAUGAAGGCUCUAGUGUUUGUUUAUUGGUUAGAUAAACUGAAAUAAACACAGGCUCUGCCACUUCCUGCAUGUUCGAAAGAAUAUUUUCCUUGGCCCAGACACAGUGGCAUCACUGUAUAGCCCACUUAGAAAUUCAGAAACUCAGGCUUCACCCUAGGUCUGAAUCAGAACCUGCAUUUUAAGAAGAUCUCUAGUUUAUUGUGUACACUGUUAAAAUUUGAGGGGUACCUUCUGAUGAAUCAUGACUUCUACAUAUGAGAAACAUUUACAGCUUAUCCUGUGUGAUGUAAAUAUAGCAGGAAAAAAAAAUGUAUGUGCCUGUGUUGAUGCCCUUAAUUUUAUACUGUAUUAUUCACGAGAGUAGAAUAUCUACACUGGUUAUGUGGAGCUUAUGCCAUCCUCUUUCUUCAGAAUUAAGAGUAUACGUUAGAGAAUAUUUCUGUGUUUACAAUUGUUUGAUCAUUUCAGUCUCUUCUGUAAGUAAGAACUAGUUCUCUCUGUCUCUCUUUGUGCCUAGAAUCAAAUUAAGAACUCUACCUGUGGCCACUUGAUAAGUAUGUGUUUUCUCUUUUCCAGGGACUGUUGAUAUUCAGGGAUGUGGCCAUAGAAUUCUCUGCGGAGGAGUGGAGCUAUCUGGACCCUGCUCAGCAGAAUCUGUAUAGGGACGUGAUGUUAGAAAACUACAGAAACCUGCUCUCUCUGGGUAUUGCUGUCUCUAAGCCAGACCUGAUCACCUGUCUAGAGCAAAGGAAUGAGCCGUGGAAUGUGAAGAAACAUGAGACAAUAGGCAGACACCCAGCUGUUUCUUCUCAUUUCACCCAAGACCUCUUGCCAGAGCAUAGUAUAAAAGAUUCAUUUCAAAAAGUGAUAUUGGGAAGAUAUGGAAGCUGUGGCACUGAGAAUUUACACUUAAAGAAAGAUUGGGAAAGUGUGAGUGAAUAUAAGGUGCAGAAAGAAUGUUAUAAUGGACUUAACCAAUCUUUAUCAACUACCCAUACCAAAAUCUUUCAAUUUAAUAAAUGCAUGAACGUCUUUAGUAAACCAUCAAAUCUAAAUAGACAUAAGAUAAGACAUACUGGAGAGAUAUCUUCCAACUGUAAAGAAUGUGACAAUUCCUUUUACAUAUCCUCAAUUCUAACUCCACUUCAGAGAAUCCACACUGCAGAGAAAUCCUACAAGUGUAAACAAUGUGGGGAAGCCUUCAAGCACUGCUCAUGCUUUAUUGAACAUAAGACAGUUCAUAAUGAAGAGAAACAUUUCAAAUGUAAAGAAUGUGGCAAAGUCUUUAAAUCCUUCACAAGCCUUUCUAAUCACGUUAUAAUUCAUACUGGAGAGAAACUCUAUAAAUGUGAAGAAUGUGGCAAAGCUUUUAACCACAGUUCAAACCAUGCCAAACAUAAGAAAAUUCACACUGGAGAGAAACCCCAUAAAUGUGAAGAAUGUGGCAAAGCCUUUAACUGGUUCUCAUACCUAACUCUACAUAAAAGAAUUCAUACUGGAGAGAAACCCUACAAAUGUGAUGAAUGUGGCAAAGCCUUUAACCAGUGUUCAAACCUCACUAAACAUAAGAGAAUUCAUACUGGAGAGAAACCCUACAAAUGUGAAGAAUGUGGCAAAGCUUUUAACCGGUGCUCACACCUUACUGAACAUAAAAGAAUUCAUACUGGAGAGAAGCCCUAUAAAUGUGAAGAAUGUAGUAAAGUCUUUAUAUCUUGUUCAAGCCUUUCAAACCAUAAGAGAAUUCAUGCAAGAGAGAAAUGCAACAAAUCUGAAGAAUGUGGCAAAACCUUUAACCACUGCUCAGACCGUAAUGAACAUGAGAAAAUUCAUACCUGAGAAAAAUCCUACAAAUGUAAAAAAUGUGGCAAAGCCUUUAAUACCUGUUCAUGUCUUACUCAGGAUCAGAGUUCAUGUUGAACUAAAGAAUUAUUAUAAAUAUAAUGACUGUCAAUACACCUUUCACAGAAAAAAAUAAUUUUACCACAGAUUAAUUUGUUCAUUAAUGGAACUUUAAUUCUCUCUCUUUUUUUUUUUGGUCUACAUAAAUCUGUCCUUAUGCCAGUACUAUAUUGUUUAAUUACUGUAACAUUGUAGUAAGAGUUUAUAUCAGGAGUGUAAGUUACUGAAUUUUGUUAUUAUUUUUCAGAAUUCUUGUGUGUUUGAUUUUCUUUACAUGUUUAUAUGGGUUUUAGGAAGAGCUUGUCAAUUUCUAUUAAAGAAAAGCUACAUUGGAAUUUGCAUUGAAUCUGUAGAUAAAUUUGUUGGGUAUUUUGAUCUUCAAAUUCAGUAUUGUUAUCUUUGAAUAUUGAGUAUAUCUCAGUUUAUUCAGCUCUUUGAUUUCUUUCAGCAUUUUAAAUAAUUUUCAGUGUAUAGUAUGUGCAGUUAUUUUGUGAAGUUUGUUUCUAAUUUUUUUUUUCUAGGAUACUAUUAAUGAAAUUUUAAUUUAAUUCUUAUUUUGUUUACUGCUAUGAUAUAAAAGUACUAUAUAACCUUU